AUGUCCAAAUCAAGCACCGACAGUCUCACCCUCAAACCAGGCGUGCACACCAUCACAUCCAACACGCCAGCCAUCGAAACAAUUCUCGACGGCAUAGUCCACGUCCACGCCUCAUGCAUCUUAGUCGACGGCACCAUGGCCACGUUCUUACCGCCUUUGGAUCACGCCACGAUGUACGGGUACUGGCAGGAUCGGCUGAAGGAGGUUGAGCAGGGCAAUCGAUAUAUUGUUGUGUUUUUGUCUGAAGUGAGCACUCGGACUCGGAAUGAUAUCAAGCCGCCGUUUGAGCGGCCGUGGCCUGUGAUUACUACGACCAGCACUACAAGUGAUGGUCCGUCCACGAACGAAGGGUCGUCUAUCGACGAGGGUCCAGUUGACUCCGACAACCCUCGUUGGCACUCGGGUUCGUCUGUUGCACUGGAAGUCUCCGGCGUCGUCUCCCUCUCAACAUCAACCUCCCAAACCGGCCCCUUCCGAGCCCUCGUGGAAAAGCUAUUCGUAUCUCCCCUCCACCGACGCAAAGGGAUCGCGCGAGUCAUCAUGUCCAAGCUCGAGCAAGUCGCGUUAGACCACGGCUGUUGGAAUCUCAUGCUCGAUACUACGGUCGGAACGGAGGCUGAAUUGGUUUAUCCGCGACUGGGAUAUAAUAGGCUUGGAGUGGUGCCUGAGUAUGGGUAUUCGCCGAAGGAUGGGACAUUGAAGGAUGAAGUGUGGUUUUGGAAGGAUUUGAGGAAGACGAGGUUGGGGAACUAA